UGAGGCGAAUGACGGUGGGCGGAGUGACGAUUUGCAGUUACCGAAGCAGCUCUUCGUGGACUGGCGGACGGCUUCAGGCUUUCCACAGUGUCGGGUGGAGACCACCUCCUUUUAUCUCAUUUGGCUGGUGACUUUUCUUUCCCCCCCCCUAUUCGUCGCUUCGAAUUCAUCAAGAAACCCGUCGAAGAUGACGACGACCACCACCUUCCAAGGAGUGGAUCCCGGUGCCAAAAGCAGUUCCAGGGUACUACGACCACCAGGCGGGGCCUCCAGCUUCACCUUUGGCACAGAGGAAAACACCACCCCCCAGCGUAAGAACAAGAUGGCUUCCAGCAUCUUUGCAGAACCCGAGGACCCCCAUGCUCAUCGGAGGAACAAUCCACCCAGUGCCAGUGAUGCCGCUGCAGGAACCCUGUGUGGGGAGCCCUCAGCCCCACUGAGACGGUGCCAGCAGCCCAUUCUAUUUCCCAAGAACCCUCAGCCAGAGCUGACGACCAUCCACAACUCUGGAGCUGCUUUGGUGUGGAACCAAAGACAAGAGGAUGAAAAUGGCCAAGAACAAGCCAACAAUGAUUGUCCCGACAAUGAGGAGCCAGAUAAGGAGGAGCAGGAGGCACCACAACCCUCCGCCCCGUCGGGAAGUGCCAACUCUUCUGCGGGCAACCGAAGAAACCCACCCGGUGGCAAGUCCAGCCUCAUCUUGGGUUGAGAGACCCUUCUCCUCUUCAUUUUCCUCUUCCAUUUGAACACAUUUUUUUUUUAAUUUUCAAAGAUAAAUCCCCCACCCCUUUCCCGUAUCACUCUUCCCCUCCAUCACCCCGUCACCUCUUUCGACUCGUGUCUUCCGCACGGUCAUCUCCUCCUCCUCCUAUUCCUUUCUAAUGCCAACAUGUCCUUUUAAUCCUUUUUUUCUAUUAAAGAACUGUCAAUAAAAGCACUUUACGUAUCUCUGUGCCCUCUUCCUGCCUGUUCCAGCCACUCCUGUAGUCAUUGGCACCUGCCGGGGAAGGCGUGACAUUUAGCCUGUCUCCCCCCCGCUCAUCUGUGUUGUAAAUGCUAAAAAAGAAAACAAAACUGAAUUGUUGCGUGAAUUUCUAAAUACAAUAAAGACUAUGAAUUUGCUGAG